AUGAUUCCUGGUCCUAUGAAUUCUGAAUUAUGUGGUUCUGUAAGUGUUGAAUUGCCAUACGGUCUUGUGAAUUCUGAAUUAUGUAGUUCUGUGGAUGUUAUGAAUUCAGAGUAUAAUAAUUCCAAGUUAUAUAGUUCUGGGAAUGUUGAAUUGUCGCUUGAUCUUGAGCCUGGUUCUGUGGAUGUUGAAUUGCCAUCUAAUCUUGUGCUUGGUUCUGUUGAUGUUGAAUUGCUGCCUAAUCUUGUGCCUAGUUUCAUAAAUGUUGAAUCGCUGCCUUGUCUUGUAAAUCCAGAGUAUAAUAGUACUUGGUCUGGUUUUGAAGAUUUUGAGCUGUCUGGUUUUAAGGACUUUGAGAUAAACAGUGUGAACAGACCAAAAAAAGUAGAGAAUAUUGAUGAACAUCAUGAUAGUGUUUCUGGUAAAACUGAUUGUCCAUGGCUAGUUCACUUUUAUUUUGGUAUAAGGAUUCAUGAUGAAUCUGAUACUGCUACAAUGUUGCAACAUCUUUUUAAUUUGAAAGAACAAGACCAAGAAUAUGUAGUUAUUUCAUGUAUAGAGGGUAAAUCUAAUGAAUUGACAGAAGCAACCAAUAACUUGUUUCCUGUGGUUUUGUUUAGUAAUGAAGAUCCAGCAAGAUAUUCUAUAUUAAAAGUGUUUACAGCUGGCGCUGAGUCAACACAAAGAGUAGAGUCAAUAAAUAGUGUUCUUAAAAAACACAUUGAUCAAGAUUAUUAUGGAUCUAAUCUAUCAUCUGGCUUACUGUCUACUUACAAUACCAUUUUCAAGGCUAUUUAUUUGGUUAAGGAGUCCAAUAUUGAAGUUGAUCAUGCAAUUAAACAUCUUUAUGAUGUACCUCAAAUUCAAUUAAGCAAACUUUUAUUAGAUAUAUCAAAUGAGAAAAUACAAGAAAUUUGGGAG